CCCGCAGAUUUCUCCGCUCCCAUUGGUUACCAACAAUGGGGUCCGUGUGAACUGAGAGAAGGGGGAGCGGUGGCCAAACCAUCUCCGACCCGAGCCGAGCCAGAAGGACUAAAACGGAGGAGAACCGCAGCCCGCAGUAGCGUCGCAGCCUCGUAAGCCUCGCAGCGCUCACCCCGUAUGGGCUAGCCGGCAAGCUAGUAAGCUAGUCUAGCUUCGCCGCCCUGGGUGAUACCCGCUCCAGUGCGUGUUGCCCCCCCUCACUCGCGCCCUCCAGCCCGGCUUCAAGAUGAUGAAGUUCAGAUUUCGUCGGCAGGGCACCGACACGCAGAGGGAGAAGAUAAAACAGGAGCUCUUCGCCUUCAGUAAGACGGUGGAGCAUGGAUUUCCACAUCAGCCCAGCGCGUUGGCCUACGACCCCGAGCUGCAACUCAUGGCUAUCGGCACCAAGGCAGGAGCCGUCAAAGUUUACGGGGCCCCUGGUGUGGAGUUCACAGGGCUACACAAUGACACGACUGCUGUCAUACAAAUUCACUUCUUGCCAGGACAGGGCCGCCUGUUGUCACUUCUGGAUGAUAAUAGCAUUCACUUGUGGGAGCUGACUGCCACAUCCCCCAGGCAGGUGGGCGGGGCUAAGAGAGAAGGUGCGGUUAUUCUUCAGGAAGUGGGCAGCUACAGCCUUCCGGGAAGACCAGGCAUUGACAGCUGCAGUACCACACGAGUGACCGUCCUCCUCCUGCUGAAGUCAUGUGACCUCCUCUGUAUCGGAACAGAGGGAGGUGGCGUCUACUUCCUGGAUUUGCCCAGUCUGUCACUGAAAGCCAGCCAAACAUUGCCCCAGGAUCAGGUCACACAGAGCCUGCCAGAAGACUACAGAUGUGGGAAAUCAUUAGGGCCUGUGGAAUCUCUUCAGGAGCACCCUCGGCAAGCCGGGAAGAUUCUAAUUGGCUACAGCCGAGGCCUGGUGGUCCUGUGGGAUGUGAGCGGCCGUCAAAUAGAGCAGCUCUUCCUUGGCAAGCAGCAGCUGGAGAGCCUGGUGUGGGAAUGUUCGGGAAACUUAUUUGUCAGCUCCCAUAGCGAUGGCGGCUACUCCGUGUGGGCUGUUGCAAGCGGCGAUGGCAACAAUCAUCAGCCGGUGUCCUCUACCAUCCCAUAUGGUCCUUUUCCCUGCAAAGCUAUCAACAAAAUACUAUGGAGGACAACGGAGACUGGGUCACCGGUGUUGUUGUACAGCGGCGGGAUGCCCAGAGCCAGCUACGGCGACCGGCACUGUCUGACCAUUCAGCAGGACAAAGACCACAUCACCCUGGACUUCACCUCCAGGGUCAUCGACUUCUUUACAGUUCACAAUGUUGAGCGAGAGAAAGAAUUUGAUGACCCAUCUGCGCUGGUGGUUUUACUCGAAGAGGAGCUGGUUGUGAUUGACCUCCAGACUCCCGGUUGGCCCUCUAUGCCCACUCCCUACCUGGCUCCUCUCCACUCAUCGGCCAUCACGUGCUCCUGUCACAUAACCAGCGUCCCUCCCAAACUGUGGGAAAGGCUGGUCAAUGCUGGCAAAGCGCAGCAGGGCCACCAGCACACACCCAGGAGCUGGCCCAUAUGUGGAGGGAAAAACCUGGCUCCUCCACCCAAACAACACGAGCUGCUUUUGACAGGACACGAGGACGGCACCGUGCGUUUCUGGGACGCGUCCGGGAUCGCCCUCACGCCGCUGUACAAACUGAGCACGGCCAACGUCUUCCACACAGACUGCGACCCCUGCGAUGAGCCUCAGGGCCCGGGCGACGACCCCGACAUGCAGCAGGAAGAGGAAUGGCCUCCCUUCCGCAAGGUGGGCUGUUUUGACCCGUAUAGCGACGACCCCCGUCUGGGCAUCCAGAAGAUCAGCCUAUGCAAGUACAGCAACAAGUUGUUGGUGGCAGGCACCGCUGGACAGGUGAUCGUGCUGGGACUGAGCGACGAGUGCUCGGACCACACGGUGGACGUCUCCGUGGUGGAUUUGCUGCAGGACAGGGAGGGCUUCACGUGGAAGGGCCAUGACCGACUGGAGCCGCGCCUCAAACCCGCCCCUUUCCCUCCAGGCUUUCAGCCUCAGGUGCUGGUUCAGUGCAUCCCUCCGGCUUCGGUGACAGCCGUGGCGCUGCAUGCCGAAUGGAACCUCAUGGCCUUUGGAACCAGUCACGGCUUCGGCCUCUUUGACUACCACAGGAGAAGUGCUGUCUUGGCCAGAUGUACCUUACACCCAAAUGAUUCCCUGGCUAUGGAGGGUCCCCUCUCGAGAGUCAAGUCCUUGAAGAAGUCCUUAAGGCAGAGUUUCAGGCGUAUCCGCAAGAGUCGGGUGUCUGGGAAGAAACGCACCAUCACCGCACCCACCAGCAAGGUCCAAGAAGCCAACGCUGCCCUUGCUGAGCAUGAAGAAAUGGCUCCCAUCCAGCGAAGGAUUGAACCUCGAUCGGCGGACGACUCGCUGUCGGGAGUUGUUCGCUGUCUGUGUUUUGCCGACACCUUUCUGCGCGAUGGCACACACCAUGGACCGACGCUGUGGGCAGGCACCAACUCGGGGAGCGUGUACGCUUACGCUCUGGAGGUACCCGGCAUUGGCUCGACCCGCGGUUCUGAGCGGGGGAUCGCCGGUGAGAGCGGCGCUUGCGUGGAGGCCGUGCUGGGCAAAGAGAUCCAGCUGAUGCACAGAGCUCCCGUUGUGUCCAUCUGCGUGCUGGAUGGACGCGCUAAACCGCUACCCGACCCUUACGAAGCCUCGCAGGACCUCUCCAUUGCUCCGGAUAUGUCCAAUCCUCAUUCCGUGCUCAUCGCCUCAGAAGAACAACUAAAGGUGUUCUCUCUCCCGAAGGUGAGCGCCAAGACGAAAUUCAAGCUCACCGCUCAUGAGGGCUGCCGGGUGAGGAAGGUUGCCCUGGUGGUCUUCGGCUCCACGGCUCAGGAAGACUACUGCGAGCACACGCUGGUGUGCCUUACCAAUAUGGGCGACAUGCACCUCUUCAGCGUACCUGGCCUCAGACCACAGGUACGCUAUGACUGCAUCCGAAAAGAGGACAUCAGUGGUAUUGCAUCUUGUGUCUUUACCAGAAAUGGACAAGGAUUCUACCUGAUCUCCCCCUCAGAAUAUGAGAGGUUCUCCUUGUCUGCGAAGGUCUUCACUGAACCACUGUGCUCGGUUGCACUGGAGCGACUCUCGCAGCUCACGUUGGCCAGCGAUGGCACGACAGUUCCUCCGCAGGCCAACGGAACACACAAGAACCAGACAGAACAAGCUGAAGGACGAGCAGAGGAGCCCCCCAGCUCCGUGUCCUCUCCCAUCUCGGAUACGCCCCUGGACUCCCCUCUCAGCUGUGGUGACAUCACUCUGGAAUCGACGGGGGAGCUCACCGUGGAAGACGUCAGAGACUUCCUCACCACCGUGGACGAGGAGGAGAACAACCUGAAGAACAUUCAAGAGGAGGAAGGACACCCUGCUGGCAUCCUCAUCAAUUGAACAGGGAGGGGCUCAGGUGGUCUCUGGAUGGACUUGAUUUUUAGUGCUGGACCACAAACAUCUCAUCACCCCAUCUGAAGUCCACUGCGAAGCCCCCCUCCUGCUUUUGCUCUGCAGUCUGGGUUCCUCAGAGCAUGAAAACUUAGUGGGACGACUAAAUCCUACACACACACGGAACCACUUCCAACUCCCAUCCUUUCCACUUAACAUAGGAACAUUAACUGCUCACUGUUUCAUUCCAGAGAGGUCGGCAUGACGUGCGUGUAGAUUUUCUGUGGGGGAGACAACACGGUUGUUCUUGCACGAUGCCAAAAUUGACCAUUUGGUACAGGCUGGAAGAAAGCCUUAUAUGGAAGUUUGUGCAGCUGGUUUAAGAAGGUUUUUUUUUUUUUUUUCUUUAAUUGAUUUUGGGAAGGUGGAAGUUUGACGGUGGCGCUGUGGCUGUGAGAUUUUUGAACACCAUUUAAACACAUUGACACUUGAAGCAGUGUGUUCAUAACUGUCACUGUACACUGACAAGGUCGUGACCAUUACAGUGGCAGGGAAAAAAAAACAUUUUAUUCUUCAGCUUCCAUUUCUCUGACAGAAGUCUUGUGGGAAGUGUGGCAAGUAAGGAAUCGUGGGCUUGAAUGCAAAGUGUGUGUUAGUUGUACAAGUGUAAAGAAUGCACCUGUUUGGAUUGCAUUGUGGCUAAUGUAUGCUGGCAGCAGAGCUUGAAUCACCAGUAUUUUUUUUUUCAAACUUUUACUGUGUAAAAUCAAAUCUAUGUAUACAUGCAGUGUCUUUAUGUAGGGUAACAUAUGAUAUGAGUCACGUGUUCGAGCCUAAACAACAAACAAAAAAAGCUUCCAGCAUCUUUUAAUCACAAGACUGACAAGCAAAAAAGGGACCUCAGUACUAACUUAUCUAGCUCAACAAGUAGAAAUUCGAUCACGUCUACCUUUUUGUCAUUUUAGUUUUGAUGUUUUUGACUGACACAAGUCAUUAACCCUUCCAUGCUAUAGCUGGCAUAGUUUUUAAUUCCACGGUUGUUUUUUUUUUUUUUCUUUCAGUCAUUAUGUUUUGUGAUUGGUAUUUUAAUAGUGUUUAGCAUUAGCAUUUCAGCUGAUGGAUUGUGAAUGUUAAUAAAAAGAUGUACUCAAA